AUGUCACAACAAGCAUUCAAUUCUGGCCAAACCAAGGGUCAAGCUCGCGAGAAGGCCGAGCAGUGGACUGAGUCUGCAAAGCAGACUGCACAAUCAGCACGUGAUAAGACUGCCGAGGUGGCACAGUCAGCACAUGACAAGGCUAUUGAUGUUACACAUUCAGCACAAAACAAGUCUGCUGGUAAAUCUCAUUCCACUAGAGAAUCAGCUCAACAUGGCCAGGAACAAACUACUGGUAUUCUCGGCCAGACGGGAGAAUCUGUGAAGAACAUGGCUCAAGGUGCUUUAGAUGGUGUUAAGAACAGUCUUGGCAUGAAUGAGAAGAAAUGA